UCCCUAAUGGUGAAUGGUGCAUAUAUAUGCUCAAGGAGAAUAACUCUCAACGUGAUAAACACCCAAAACCCAACAAAGCUAAAACACAGCCAUGAAUGUAGAAGAAGAAGUUGAAAAACUCAAAGUAGAGAUCCAAAGACUCGGCAGUAAGCAAGACGAUGGCUCUUACAAGGUGACAUUUGGUGUGCUCUUCCACGAUGAUAGAUGUGCGAACAUAUUUGAAGCAUUGGUUGGGACAUUGAGAGCAGCGAAGAGGCGUAAAUUAUUGACAUAUGAUGGUGAAUUACUUCUUCAAGGUGUUCAUGAUAAUGUUGAAAUUGUUCUCAAACCCACUCCCACUCCCACUCCCACAGCAGCAGUAUAAUCGAUCGCUUCAAAUGUUUUUAUCACUGUUUUCUUGUAUCAUUUAUCAUAAUUUGUGUUUGUAACUUUGUAUUGUAACCUUGACAUUGUGAUCAUCAUCAUCAUAUGGCUACAUAAUCUGUGCUUCAAAACUGAUCAAAUUUCAAUCUGUUAUCAUCUUGUUGUAUACUCGGAACAACUUUUGAAAAUUUGUCAUUUAAAAUCAA